CAGUACUACUAGUACAUUUCCCUCUUGAUUUUCUUUCUUCCUCAAACGCGCAUUUCAUAAAUUAUAGCUCAUUUUCAACAACCACAUAUGAAUAUUCAAAACCCACCAUAAAUUUAUCAACAACCCUUUGAUUUUUUCUGCCCCAUUUAAUCAAUUCUGCUUAAGGUUCAAUCUUUUUGCUCGAUUUCAAGAAAAUAAAAGGGGGUUCUUUGUAUUAUGGCAUCAUCUGCAAUUUUCUCUUCGCUGAGAAGAAGAAAGUCACCCACUUUUCAGGCGUUUGUAACGCCGGUUGACUUGACUGAGAUGGCCUUGUUAGCGACUUUAUCGGCGGUUUCUUCGGAGCUUGUUUUAUCUUUUUCCGGCAAGCCUUUGGUUUUUCAGCGCCGGAAUGCAAGGUCACUUGUAAGGAAGAUUGAGGUAUUUGUUGUGCUUUUUGAGUAUGUUGGUGAGUUGGGUUUGGAUUUGCCUAAGUCUGCUGUUGUUUGUUUUCAAGAAAUGUAUAUAUUGUUGUAUAGAUCAAAGAUUUUGCUUGAUUAUUGUGUGCAAUCUAGUAAAUUGUGGCUUUUACUUCAAAACCAUGCUAUAUCUGGUCAAUUUCAUGAUUUGAAUCAAGAGAUAUUGACCCUUUUGGAUGUUUUUCCUUGGGAUGAUUUGGACUUGAGUGAUGAUGUUAUGGAGCAAAUUGAGUUGUUGCAAAAGCAGUCUAAGAAGUCUAAGUUGUUGAUUGAUAAGCAAGAUGAGGUUUUGAGGUGUAAAUUUUAUUCAUUUUUGGAUGAGUUUGAGGAUGGGAGGAUUCCAGAUUCCAGGGAACUGUAUCGGUUUUUCGUGGAAAGAUUAAGGAUUUUGGAUGUUAAAAGUUUCAUGGUUGAAAUUGAGUUCCUGGAAGAGCAGAUUGUUAAUCAUGAAGGGGAUAUUGAACCUAUGGCUUGUGUGCUCAAUGGGUUCGUGGCACUUGUUCGUUAUAGCCGGUUCUUGCUCUUGGGGUUUGAGAAUGAUGAGAUGGAAGUGGGGUUUGGCGAAAACAAGAAAGUUAAGCGAAGGUUGAGUAGUAAGGAAUUUUGUGAGAUGUUUGCUUCGAUCCCGAAAGACUUUUGUUGUCCAAUUACAUUGGAUUUGAUGACUGACCCUGUUGUAAUUUGCACAGGCCAAACAUAUGACCGGUCUUCGAUAAUGAGGUGGAUGGAAGAGGGGCAUUGUACUUGUCCAAAGACGGGGCAGAUUCUUCUUCACAAGCAGCUUGUUCCCAAUAGGGCUCUUAGAAAUUUGAUUAUGCAGUGGUGUACUGCUCAUGGAGUCCCUUAUGAUCCACCUGAGAAUUUAGAGUAUUCUUCGGGAAACAAUGCAGCUCCUUCACCAAGCAAGGCUGCAAUUGAAGCUAAUAGAGCAACAUCCCGGCUUCUCAUUGACGAGCUAGCAAAUGGUUCGCAAGGUGCCAAAAAUGUUGCUGCGCGUGAAAUACGGCUUUUAGCAAAGACCGGAAGAGAUAACCGAGCUUAUAUAGCAGAAGCAGGGGCUAUACCCUAUUUGAACGCUCUGCUUUCUUCUCAUAGUUCUUUUGCACAAGAAAAUUCUGUUACUGCUAUACUGAACUUGUCAAUUUAUGAAAAGAAUAAAAGCCAGAUUGUAAAUGAACCAGGGUGUUUGGAAUCAAUUGUAAAUGUUUUAAGAUAUGGGUUCACAACAGAGGCGAGGGAAAAUGCCGCAGCAACAUUAUUCAGCCUGUCUGCUGUUCAUGACUAUAAGAAAAGGAUAUCAGAAAUAGACGGUGCAACUGAAGCACUGGCAGGAUUAUUGACGGAUGGGACAGCAAGAGGAAAGAAGGAUGCUGUGACUGCUUUAUUUAACCUCUCAACUCACUCAGAUAAUUGUUUGAGAAUGGUAGAGUCAGGUGCUGUAGCAGCACUAGUAAGAGCAUUAGGAGUCGAAGGUGUCGCUGAAGAAGCAGCAGGUGCUCUAGCUCUUAUCGUCAAGCAGCCAAUGGGAGCGGAAGCAGUUGGAAAUGACGAAAUGACUAUGGCAGGAUUAAUCGGUAUGAUGCGCAGUGGAAGGCCCAAAGCUAAAGAGAAUGCAGUUGUUGCGUUGCUUGAAUUGUGUAGGGGAGGUGGAACAGCCGCAACCCAGAAGGUGUUGAAGGCACCAGCACUUUCUGGUUUGCUUCAAUCCUUACUCUUUACAGGGACAAAGCGGGCAAGAAGAAAAGCAGCAUCUCUUGCAAGAGUUUUCCAGAGGUGUGAAAAUGCAUCCUUACACUUCGGAGAGCUGGGUGUAGAUUACGCAUUUCCAGAAAAUUCAACGGCGGCUAGGGAUCCAGGGUUUGCUGGUGAUGUCUCGGUACCCAUGUCCAUAUCUGUUCCAGUCCUAUAGUGGUACAUCCAUACUUGUUCUUUGUUAGAUAAUCCUGGUUGUUUGUAGUAUCUAGAACCUUUGCCUGGUAUACGGAUACGAAUCAAUACACAAAUACUAUAAACAACAUAACGCAUUCAGUAAACAUUGUAAUUCUUUUAUGCAAUCUCCAUCUAUAGUAUAUAAACUAUAUCCAUUAUA